CCCGCCAGAAAGACCUCGCGCAGUGGAUACAGAGAGAGGGAGAGCGAGAGUCUGUGCCUUGUCGUUUCGGGUCGGGGUGUUCCUCCCCGGCCCCACCACCGCGCCUCUCCAGCCGGGUCGCCAUGGAAGAAUUGACGGCGUUUGUCUCCAAAUCCUUCGACCAGAAGAGCAAGGAGAGCAGCAACAGCAACGGCGGCGGCGGCGGCGGCGGAGGCGGAGGAGGUGGCGGCGGUGGCGGCGGCGGCGGCCACAAGAAGGAGACCAUCACGUACCGGGAAGUUUUGGAGAGCGGGUUGGCGCGCUCCCGGGAGCUGGGCAACUCGGACGCCGGCAGCCUGCAGGAGCUGGCCGAGAGCGGCGCCCACUGCCCGGUCCACCUCUUCAAGGACCAUCCCGAGGGCGACAAGGACAAGCUCAAGGACUUCAACCACGCCAGCAGGACCUCGGAAGGGAUCUAUGAGUGCAAAGACAAGCGAGAAGAGGUGAAAUCCGAAGACGAGGAUGGCCAGACCAAACUGAAGCAAAGGCGAAGCCGAACCAAUUUCACACUGGAGCAACUGAACGAGCUGGAGAGACUUUUCGACGAGACGCACUACCCAGAUGCCUUCAUGAGGGAGGAGCUGAGCCAAAGGCUGGGGCUGUCGGAAGCCAGGGUCCAGGUUUGGUUCCAGAACAGAAGAGCCAAGUGCCGAAAACAAGAGAAUCAGAUGCAUAAAGGUGUGAUCCUGGGGACGGCCAGCCAUUUAGAUGCCUGCCGAGUGGCCCCCUACGUGAACAUGGGCGCCCUGAGGAUGCCUUUUCAGCAGGUGGUCCAAGCUCAGCUACAACUGGAAGGCGUCACCCAUGCUCACCCUCACCUCCAUCCUCACCUGGCUGCUCAUGCCCCUUACCUGAUGUUCCCUCCACCCCCUUUUGGACUGCCUAUCGCCUCCUUGGCCGAUUCUGCCUCUGCUGCCGCCGUAGUGGCUGCGGCGGCCAAGAGCAACAGCAAGAAUUCCAGUAUCGCCGACUUGAGGCUCAAGGCCCGGAAACAUGCUGAGGCCUUGGGGCUUUGACAUUUCCAUCCCGGAAACCAUUUUUGUUGCCAGAGAUGGACGAUAGCUCUCGCGCCUCUAACCAGCACUCAAGCUUGGCUGGGAUAAGGAUGAUGGUUACUUUUUCAAAGGCCGGGAAGUACCUGUAGACACACAAUCGGCACUGGCUUGGUCUUUCGUCCCUCCCUCCCUCCUCUGUCAUUUAGAGAUGUUGGCAACUAAUUCAGUUGAUCUGAGGACUGAAGGCCUCACUGGCCUAGCUUAUGUUUAUUUUAAUUGAAAUGCACUUCGUGCUGAUGAUUGCAGUUUAAACUGUUCUUCUGCCACCAGAUGCAUAGUACUAAGUUGAAGGGCGUCCAAAUCCUAAUUAUAAGUCUCAAUAAUGAUGGUGAUGAUAAUGACGAUGAUGAAACAACAACGAUAAUCCAGAAAAUGUUUGGAUUAUCGGGAAGUAAAUGAGGGGGAAAAAAACUCUCCAGACCAUGUGGCAUGUAUGAAUCUUGGGACAACUGGCAUUUGGGACAAGCGGCCAAAGUGAUCAUCCUGUCAGCUUGACACCAUUUGCUGCUGCCAGUUUUUGCUACUUUAUGCAUGUGCCUAACUUUAACCAUCGUUUCAAAAAUUGCCUAUUAUACCGAAACAAAUUUAAAAAGGCUUAAAAAAAAUCCUUGGGGCUGGUCUCCAUUAAGAUGACAUUUCUACUUUGUUGUCAACAAUAUUCUUUCAGUCUCAUCAAUUUCUUCCAUCCUGAAGGAGCUGCUGCUGCAGAACUGGUUUCAAUUUAAAUGUGGAAGUUCAGAUCUGAGACAAGGCAGUUGUCUCGAGAACAAAACGGCUUAAAAGGCUACGUCCUUCACAAGGAUCAACAACCAGAAAACCGACCAUGAAGCGUUUGUGUGUGAGAGGAAGAUGCCAAAAUGU